ACGUGAUGAACUUGUUUUAAUUUGUGUCAUUUUCAGUAUGAGCUUAACAACAAAGAAAAGAAUGGAUGAAAUCAAACGACAGAUGUCAAUCCAUCGUCAGAAUCUGCUUUGUGUUAGCCGGCUCUCAAUAAAAGCACUGAUUGCCCAGUCACAAUACCAGGCAAUAGAUGACUCCUGUUCCGAGUUCAAGAAUUUUGCUACUAUCAUGGAGCACAUACUCAGUCACAGGCUUAAAGGUCAGCUGACAUGGUUUGGACUAGAGGAGUCGCGUGACUUUUGGCACUUCAUCCGAGUUGUCUGUGGUAAUACACACGAUGGCUGCAUCAAUAAUGUAGCUCAUAUGGAGUCUGUACGUUCAUCAAAGGCAAAGGGAAGAGCAUGGUUGCGGAUAGCAUUAAUGGAGAAGAAGCUUGGAGAUCACCUUGCAACAGCUCUGCAAAAUGACAAAGCUCUGAGGGCUUUCUAUGGAGAAGGAGCAUUCUUAAGAAGUGAAGAGGCUCUGAUUUUGGUUCAAUCUCUCCAGAUCCUGAAUUCAUUGGACUUCAGCUGCUGUGUGAAAGAGGAGAAGCUGGAAACAGGAGUAGCCAGUGUGAUUGACUAUGCCCAGUUCCUCAAGUUCCAGUUAAGUGAUGAUGAUCACCAAGAAGCACUGAUGAAGGACCAGCAGCUCUUUGCCCCCUCCCGCUCACCCAGGGGAGAUGGGUCAUCCAUGGAUGAGAAACUUUCACAACUCCAGAACCAAUACAGAGUGGCCUCUGCUCAAAAGAAUUACAUGGAGGAGACUGCCAACCAGAAAGAGCAGCAUCUGAUUGAGAGUAGAAAGAAGAUACAAACCUUGGAGAACAUGGUCAUACAGCUACAAGAACAAGUGGCAAGUUUGAAAGAAGCUCAGCUGAUGUCACGGCGUGAAUUAGAAGAACAUUUGAUCGCUGGUCAUUGGCCUCUGCAGGAGAGGAUAAGACCAAGUGCUGAGCGAACUGACCAAGAUGAGAUUGCACUGGACAGCAUCUCAAGCCAACUAUCCCCAGGCCUCUCACCUCUAGAUCAAUCCAGUAUUCAGAGUUUUGACCCUUCCUCCGUCCAUCAGAGGUCAAUCAGCCCAGUAUCGUCCAGCUCAGGUAUAUCAACAGCAGAAGGUGCAGUAGAUCCACGCACUGUCCCCUACACGAUACCCAGGUUUGCCCGCAAAGAGAAAGAAGAGACACCUUCACUAAUAGCCUUGGCAGGGUCAUUCACCUCACAGUUAAGUGCCAUGAGUGUGAGAUCAAAUGAAACAAAUAGCUCUGGAAUCUCAGAAAAUCAACCUGUUAUACUAGCAAGGAACCUGUCUCCAGAUUCUCUCAGUGCAGUCUCAUUCACAUCAGCAUCAGAAGCAAGCCCCAUGCUGACAUAGUAAUAAAGCUUAUUUAAUUAAAUUUAUUUGUAGAGUACUAAUCAAUAUUUUAUGUCAUAUUUUCUAAUAUGAUUUGACAAACAUUCUGUGACCAUUCAAUCAAUUCUCAGUAUAAAACAUGAUAGAAAAUGCCUGGUAAAAAUGCCUUGUUUGGUUAUUGCAUUGCCAGAUCUUGGUAUUAGGACCAGAUUCCAGACAUAAUUUGACAUUUAAAACAUAUCAAACUUUACGUCUUGUGUACAUUUUGAUAAUCUGCAAAACUUACAAGUUUAAGGAUAGUAAAAAUUGAUAAGUGAAUACAAAUCUGAAUGAAUUAAUCACACAAUACAUGGUACAUAAGUAGUAGCAUGUUACAUUGUAGAUUUUACCAAAGUCUGCAGACUUCCUUUCGUCUAUGUGCAUGCACACAAUUACACACACACACACAAACCUUUUUUGUUUUUCUGUAAUUUUUCUGUAAUUCUUUUUCAAUAUCGAAACAAUACGAAUAAUUCUUUAAAAUACAAUUCUUUUUCAUCAUAGUAACAUUAUUUCAUUAACUUAAUACAUGUACAAUUCAUAUACAUGUAGUACGAUAUACAAAAAUCAGAAUAAAAUCAUUUAUUGUAUGAAAAUUGUAACUCCCCUCCAUUACUGCCUAACCCCAAACUAAACCCACCACCUACCCCCCCCCUCCCCCAAUAUUUAUUUGCUCUGCCCCUAACCAUUACGAGCCAGAAAAAAUAUCACUGAGUUCCUAUAGGAAAUAUAUUUAUUCAGAUGGUUAUAUCUCAGCCAAUACUUAACAUAUUCCAUUGGUUUUCAACAUUUGGACAUUAUUUUUGAUUAUUUCGGAAAAUGAAGAAAAAAAUUGAGAAUUUCUAAAAAUAGAUUUUAUGAUGUCACAGCUUAGGUACUCUGUAUGGUAGUUAAAUCCGAAGUUGAAUGUGUGCAUUGUCAUGGUGGAGUAACUGUUCUAUUAUACAAUGACUCGUCUGCAUCAAGAGUCACUUCAAAGUGAUGUAUUGUUGAUGGUUUGCCUUAGAAGCUUAUUACUUUCUCUGCCAUAGAAUGCAGUGUGUUCUUUAACCUUUUCCACUGAUGUAUGAUAAGCUACUGUGCACAAGAAUUAAUCCUUCAGCAACUCUUCCAAAACGAUUGCGUCCUCUCAGUUAGCCCUGGAUGAAAUCUUAAAUCGUUCACUUUCCCUAUAACCAAUUCGGAGUGAUUACUGAUGGCUUCAUGUCUCUGAGAUCUGUCAUCAUGGGCCACAAAUCAGGAAAUAGCGCCUUUCCUGGUUUGCUUGGUUGCUUGCAAAUUGGUUUAAUUUUGAGGAUUAAGGUCCACAAACAUGCCCCAUGAUAAAGUGCUACCUAAGUAACGCUGGGAUGAAUGGUGUCAUACACAGAGGGGUAAUGGUCCGUAAACUCAGUGGCCCACAUGUCCAAAAAAGUGUUUAAAAAAGGAAUUUAGUCUGAGGUGUAUUGUAGGUAUUCAUUAGCUAUUACUUUCAUACUUCAUAUGAACAAACAUUAUACUCUACAUUAUAAUUCAAUAAACCACAUAGCAUAAAGAGGCCUUUCUUAUUCAGGAUACUGAGAAUUGAUUGCAUGUUUUACUGGAUUAUGCUGGAUUUAAGGGCAAUCCAAUGGUGUAACAUGUGUAGAGUUUUGUGAGAGCAGCAAAAUACAAGAAGCAGAUUGAUCAAUUUUUAAACUAAAACAGACAAAUACUGUACAUGUAAUGAGAAAUUUAGAAGCUGAGAUCCCUAAAUCAGUGUGAAUCUCAAAUAACUGAAUUGGUCAGUCGACUGUGAUGUAUUGAGAGACAACACAACCAUAUGUUGUACACACUUUUAUGAAUGUUAAUCUUUGAUAAAGUUUCCUGUAGGCUGUCAAGAAAGAGUAUGAACGUCAUGUUUUUUGUUAAUUUCUUCAAAUAAUGAAACUCCUAAACUAUAUCUAAUAUAUUGAAAAUUAUUUGUAGUCAUAUUAUAUAUAGGUGCAAAAAGGAAUGGUUGUACAUUACAGUGACAUUACAAAUUCAUCAAUUCGAUAUCCCUAUUUUUUCUACUGGAUCCCACCUUAAAAAUAAUAUAUCUGAACUUCCUUGUUGUGUUUGUGAUUUCCUUUACCAAUCUGAUUUUCUGUUACAUAUAGAGUAGUUUGGUAUGAAGGUUUGAUUCUGUUUAACCCUGUCUGUGCCGUUGGGGGCAAAUCCUGCCAAAGAAUGUGUGUUGAACUGUUAAUUUGGAUAAAAAAAAUCGAUAUAUCUUUGUCCGAAAACAGAAACGGUAGGCUCAGUAUAACAUUUAGUCUUAUGGAAUAUAUUGCAAGCUCAUUGGAACAAUGAAACUAACAUGAUAAGUCUAAAUUUCAACCCCGGAAAGUUCAUUUACUGUAUGACAAUUUGUUUAAAACAAAAUUUGUUACACAGAAGGGGGAAUGGUAAUUAGUAUAAUUUUAUUGACCAUUUUUAAUAAAAAAUAUAGUAAGGCAAGAUAACUAAUAUUAGCUUCCACAUCCUGAUUUUUUUUCUCUGUAUUUUACCUUGAAUUUUGUACAUUAAACCAAAAUUGAAAGCAAGCAAAGUGAAUAGAUGGGAAGCUUUAAUGUGAUCAGUACUGUUUUCUGAUACAUUUGAGAUGUUUUGUUGUUAAUUUGAUCUUGGCUAAGGCCUAAAAAAAUGUUGAAUUGCCCUUUAGGUGCCAAAACAUGGGUCGGUUGGUCAGAAACUUUUUUUUUAAAUAAUUUGUUUUGGUUG